GUAUAAAAGAUGCUCCUUCUCCAACCACCACCUUCAGUCUCACUUGUUUUCGCGACUCUUCCUCAACUUUAUCGUGUCUUAUUUACAUUUUUUGUGCGCGGCAUCUUCAGCAGGAAGACGACGAUGAAGCCCCUCCUGUGUGGAUUGUUCUUGGCCACCUUGGCUACCUUCACAUUUGCAAAUUAUGGGCACUACAUACCAAAAGCAGCAUUUACAGUGAAUGAAGAUGGACAAAUUCUUAGCUACCUGCCACUACAUCCGGCCACGAUGAGCAGAUUUAGGCGAUCUGCCCAAAUUUCUUCUUCUUCAUCAUCCGCCUCUGCGAGUACUUCAUCCGGCAAUAGUCCCAUCUUCUUUGGGAAUCCUUACGGUGGAGCAGGCUUUCCUCCUGGUUUUGGUGCUCCAUUUGGGCAUCAGCAAACCUUCGUUCCACCUAGAAAUACCUACACUGGAUCCUCGAGCACAUCGAGCAUCUCCACGGGCCCGAGCGGACUUCAUUCCCGUUUUGGCGCCGAUGAACCUCCACCACCAGUGCGAAUUCAGGGCUCCACGUCCAGUUUCACCAGCCAGAAUGGGGAAUUUACUCAAACACAAUCCCAUUUGGGAGAAGAUGGAAAAGUCCACUUUACCAUUUCCUCUGGGAAAUUUUAGAAAAGACAUUCAACUGUCUACGUAAUUUUUAUUUAUAUUUAAAUUGUUGUACACUGAAAUGCAUUUCGUCUGCGUGGAUUUAAUAAACUUUAAACUGUAAAA